AUGGCUUCUAGCAAUACUAUUGGUUCCUGCUCCGGUACCAAAAAGAAGUUGAAGAACACCAUUCAUUGUGAUGGUGCGAGGAAUAUUAGGGUUGCAAUUCCAGAUGAUAUCAUGAUGUUGAUCGUAAGCAAGUUAGAUAUAGAGGACUUACAAUGUUUUAGUGCAGUCUGCAAGUCCUGGCAAUGUAUUGCUCUUUCUGAAAAGAAAAUACGGCAUUUGUAUCCACGAACUCAACUCCCGUGGCUCAUGCUUUCCUCCUUAGAGGCUCCUGUAACUGGGUUUUUCAGUCUUAGCCAUGGCAAAGUUUUAAGAUUAGAAUUAACUGAAGCCUAUGGCGCUCGGUGUUUUGGGUCUAAUUGGGGAUGGUUGAUAAUGGUGGGUACCAUGGGACACAAUUUCCUUCUAAAUCCAUUUACAAGGGUUGUCAUUGAACUACCACCACAGAGCACUCUUCCUAUCCAGUAUGACUAUGGAGCAUUUCCUUCACUUUUGCGACAUGCACCUUCAUACAGCCAUAUUAACAAGGCUAUGCUGUUGUCAGCUCCCAAUAACAACAAAGAUGAUGAUUGUGUGGUUAUUGCCAUUGACUGUAACUCCCAUUUAGCCUUCUGCAGGAUAGGGGAUGAAGUGUGGACGGCCUUGGGAAUACAUUUCGAAGAUAUUAUUUUUUACAAUGGAAAAUUGUUUGGGAUUAGUAGAAAAUUUGUUCUUAAAAUUGUGGAAUUGUGUCUUGAUCCGAAAGUAACAAGUUGUAACAUUCCUCCUCCAGCAGAUGAGGAUCUUAGCCUUCCCACUAAGAAGCUUAAGAAGUCAUUUUAUUUGGUGGAAUGUCUUGGAGAGUUAUUGAUGGUUAUAAAAUGUUACUUUCAUGAUGAAUUGGGAUACUUAGAAAAGUUGGUGUUCAAGAUAUUCAAGUUAGAUCUAAAAGGAGGAAGCUGGAUUAAGGUGGAGGACUUGGGUGAUCAGAUGCUAUUUAUUGGCAAAAGUACUGCCUUGUCAAUCUCGGCACGGGACUACCCUGGAUUUAAAGGAAACUGCAUAUACUACACAAAAAAUGAAGAGGCACGCUUUGUUGAUGCUUUUAUAUCUGAAACUGCAGCUGAAUUGGUUCACUUGGAAGAUAACAGAAUUGAACCUUUUAUCUCAAAUGAUUCCGGCGUUUGUCUGUGUUCUCCCAUCUGGUUCACACCUUUUUCUUGGUAG